AUAUAUGUUGGGGAAAGGAGGAAAGCGGAAGUUUGACGAGCAUGAAGAUGGGUUGGAAGGCAAAGUGGUGUCUCCUACUGACGGUCCCUCUAAGGUGUCGUACACCUUACAGCGUCAGACUAUCUUCAACAUUUCCCUUAUGAAACUUUAUAACCACAGGCCAUUAACCGAGCCAAGCUUGCAAAAGACAGUUUUAAUUAACAACAUGCUGAGGCGAAUCCAGGAAGAACUCAAACAAGAAGGCAGCUUGAGGCCCGUGUUUGUGACCGCGUCGCAGCCCGCCGACCCUCUCAGCGACAACUUCCGCGAGGCCCAGCCGGCCUUCAGCCACCUCGCCUCCCCGUCCCUGCUCCCCACUGACUUGGUAAGCACUACGCCCCUGGAGUCCUGCCUCACCCCGGCCUCUUUGCUCGAGGACGACACUUUUUGCACUUCCCCGACCGUCCAGCACGACGGUCCGACGAAACUACCACCUCCUGCUCUCCAGCCAGUCAAGGACAGCUUCUCCUCAGCCUUGGAUGAAAUCGAGGAGCUCUGUCCCGCACCUACCUCCGCAGAGGCAGUAGCAGUAGCAGCCGAAUCAGCCGCCGGUGACUCCAAAGCCCACCCCUGCGAGUCCAGCGUUCCCAAGCCCGAGGGCGUCGCGGAGAGCAGAACGGCCGAGUCCAAACUCAUGGAGCCGCUCCCUGGCAACUUCGAGAUCACGACUUCCACAGGUUUCCUCACAGACUUGACCCUGGAUGACAUUCUGUUCGCUGACAUUGACACGUCCAUGUAUGAUUUUGACCCCUGCACGUCGGCCGCGGGGGCUGCCUCCAAAAUGGCGCCCGUCUCGGCGGACGAGCUCCUAAAGACGCUGGCGCCGUACAGCAGCCAGCCAGUAACUCCAAAUCAGCCUUUCAAAAUGGACCUCACAGAACUGGAUCACAUCAUGGAGGUGCUUGUUGGGUCUUAAAGCGUAGAAAUAGAGCAGCUCUCUCUCUCUCUCUCUUUUUAUUUUAUGUUUUUCGUUUAAGUACCAGUAUAUACACUCGGUAGUAUUUCCAUCGUCCCUCCCACCCGAUUCACAGCACUGUGCAUGCGUCCUUGCUUGCCUUUUUGGAAAAGAAAAGGAUCACACUAGUUUUUGCUUCAAGCAGAGUUGGAGUGCCUUCAUCCAUGUACGACCACUUCUAAUGUAUUUUUUUCCAAGUGGUUCCUCAAGGAAGACCGAAUAUCCGGUAGAGGAAAGAAUACGUAUUGUAGACAAUGUUGUGUUAUUACAGAAAAAAAAAAAAGAAAUUGUACAAGCUAAGCACAAGGAUUAUGUUGGGGAAAGCUGUAAAUUGCAUGUGCAUAUUUGUCUAUUUUUUCUAUAAGUUUUAUUGCGAGAGGUUAAAAAAAAAAACAAAAGAAUUAUUAUUUAGAUAAUCUCAAUACCAUUUUAGCCCUGUAGAGGUUGACUCAGCAAUUCAGCCUUUUGGAGGCAUUAACCCGCUCCUCUUUAAGUGUUGCAUUUACAUGGCUGUUCAGAAACUGCUGCCCAAAUUUAUUUUAUAUUUUUGUACAGAUUCUGCAGUUUAUGAUAUUGUUUUUUCUAAAAACAAAUGCUGUUUAUACACACGGAAAAAAAAAAAAAUAGCUAUUUUGAUAGGAUUUGCUCACAUAGUUCCUGCAUAAUUCAGAUGUACAAGAACCACUUGUACUUUUAUACAGAGUUGUAACGUUUUAUAUGUGUAUGGUGCAAAGAGAAAAUUAGAUCAAAUAAGCCUGCGGUCGGUUUCCCUGAAUGCAAACAAAACAAACCAAGUGCUUUAAGAAAGGGCUGGCAGCUGCUUCUGCAGGAGCCCCGCCAGCGUCCGCUCCCUGCUGCACCCACUGCGCACUACUGUGAUCCCCCAACUCAGAGCCAUGUCCUCGUCCAACACGGAGCGGUCGGCAGGAACCAGCUGUGGAACUGCACCCGGCGGUGCUGCUCUCCUUCCCCCCUUGGCUCCGGAGGGGUCGGUGCCGCCGCUCCGUGCCAGCAGCACCCGCGGGCCCUUUCUUGGAGCACCUCUCCUUUCCUCGCCCCACCUCACUGUGCUAAGUGCUGAAAAAGGCAACUUCAGUAUUACUGCAGUGAAGCUCAUCUCUUACCUGCACUGGACGGACUCGCUUUCGUAUCCAUUGCUGUUGAAACUGGAGCCAGUCGCGUUACAUCGCUCGGCAUCUCGUAUAGGGUUGGUUUCUCGUAUCGACUGCGUUACCUGCUUUACACUUUAUAGACCUGUUUUACAACAAAUAGACACAGCUUUCUAUGCAUGGUCCCGACCCCCCGGCACACCUGACAAGUCUUCUCAUUACCGCACCGAUUGCAUUCUCUGGGUUCGUCGUGGUGUACAUUUAAUUUAAAGACAAAACGUUUGCAAUGUAUCAUGCCUGUUGCUGAAGUCGCUGUGGCAUUUUAGUUUUCUGAUGGUACUUUAGCUGUUGAGCGCCGGUUACAACCUAUAUUGUUGACAUGCCUAUGGCUUCUUUAGGAAUAACUUUUAUAUUUAUUUAAGAAAUUUUAAAUUAUGUUUGACGUCAUUUGGCAAUAUUCAGUCAGCUCUGCUCCCUUCCUGUCAUGGAUGAAAUUGGGUCUCGCUCGCCUCGGAAGGAGGCGGCUUUCUAUAAAUUGGCACUUUAAACCAGGCCACGUGUAUUUAUUAGCGUAGAGAUAGGUAGCUAGAGCAUAGAUCUGCACGCAGACAGCGUAGAGGCAAACGCGUUUUGCAAUGAAGGAACUCCUGACGGAAGCAAAAGGCACCGCGUCCGAUCACCGGCCGCCCCUGCGUUCCUCCGCCUGCGGAGCGGGGCCGCGGGCAGCUGGCCUGAGGAGGGUUUGCUUUCCUUUAUUUCCGAACCAAACUCAGCGAUGCUGACGGAUCCGGCGGACUCGACACGUAGGUGAUCGCUUCCACCGCAGGUGCUGAGCAAGCACAGCGCAGGGACCACGGCAGCAGGAGGGCCCUCGCCCAGCUGCAGCCCCCCGUAGCAGCUCAGCCCCUCUCAGAGCAGCGCUGGGGACGCAGCGGUGCCCGCUGCACAGACCUGGAGGCACGCAGCACCAGCAGCCAUCUCACCCCACGACGCGCCUCGCGCUCGCAUCACCGUGGUGAAAAACCACUUGGGAGCACGCCGGAGCUGCCCUUGUUUUUUGGGGGUUAUUUACACGGCCAAACAAACACCAUAUGUUAGGCAGAAGUUCGCAUAGAUGCUGUUUGGGGAGCGCUGUGCCGUUGCUCAGGCGCAGCUCGCUGCAGUUUUGUGCUCAGAAGAGGGGAUGAGCACCAACUACACCUCACCCCGCACAAGGCAGCACUGCAGCCCAGGUCCCAACAAGCAGGAGCCCUGUGCCAGGCACGGAGAGUGACAUUAAUGUGCAAUGAAGUGACAAGAGGGGAGCAGAAUAAAAGAGCUUUGGAUUUGAAGUUUCUUUUUUUUUUUUUUUUCUUUUUUUUUUUUUCAUAAAUUAUUUAUUCUUUUUUUUUUUUUUCCUUCCUUCUGUAAAUAUAUUUAUUUUAUUGUGAAGCUAACAACAUCUGGAUUGUAACAUGUACAGAAUGUAUGGUAGGAAUGUAUUCUCUUGUAGGAAUGUAAAUCUGUAUGAACAAGGGUAUGGGAGCCAGAUUCAGAGCAAACCAAUGGAGUUGCAGGCAGGACAGGGAUGGGUCACAGGACAUUUUUUUCCCCCCCUCACUCUUUCUAAUAUGGGUCCGGUUGCUGGAAAUCUGCAAGACAAAACAAAACAAAACACUGUAAGAAGAAAUUUGGACUUCAGGAGAGGUUUUUUUUUCUUUCCUCCCCUCUCAGUGCUGCAUGAUAACAGCCUGGGUUGGUGAACACCAAUGUGACGAAGGCACAGCUGGCUGUUGGGGCAGUUACAGUGAGCAGCCCCGGCCCAUCGCACAGGCAUUCGCUGCCCUGGCACACGGUGAGCUGGCACCAGGGGCAGCUGCUUGGGUUCCCCCCACCCCAUCAGGUUUUGGUAUCCUGCUUCUGUGCAAGUUGCUUUCAGUGCUUCUGUUCAUUAACAAGACUGAACGUUUUUCAAUAAAUUCGUUUUUUUGGGGGUUUCUUUUUAAGCACUUUUUCUUUUCCUGAAAAAAAAAAAAAAAAAAAAAUUAAAAAAAAAAAACCCAACCAAACCUAAUGCAAUUCUGGAUCCUCUUACAAUACAAUCGCUGAUACAACCCCCUUCAACUCCCACCUGAUGCAUACAGGCGUCCGUAAAGGCCAAGAUUCUGGAAAAGGUGUAAAUAGUGUGACAUGUUCAAUGCAUGGGUGUUUGAACAGGGCUUGUUAGUGUCGAAUAAAAAAAGAAAAAGACAAAAAAAAAAGAAAAAAAGGCUGUACUUCCCCUUCCCCCUCCCACAGACCUUAGAGCUGUGCCUUUUCUAUGCAAUAUUACAGACAUAUACAUCUGAAACCAGAUUACUGUAUUCACAUGUAGGUAUGGGCUGUAAUCAAAAACAAUUGGACAAACGUACAUGGAAAUGAGCAGUCUUACUUUUGUAGUUUUAUAUUAUACAAUAAACGAUUAAAAUAAA